CGGUGGUGAGAGGCGACGUCGGGCUGACUCGGGAUCAGCCCAUGCAGGAGGAUGGAGAUAGAGAAGAGGACGAAUGGGUUCGACUACCCGGAAAGAAACAACAGCAAGUCCGUCAACGGCUUUUACACUGACCAUCCGAUGGAGUCUGAACAGAAUGACAGCAUGGAUGAUCCAGCUGACCAGCGUACUUGCCUUAUCUGUGGAGAUCGUGCCACAGGCCUGCACUAUGGCAUCAUCUCUUGUGAGGGCUGCAAGGGCUUCUUUAAGCGCAGCAUCUGCAACAAGCGUGUGUACCGCUGCAGCCGCGACAAGAACUGUGAAAUGUCACGCAAGCAGCGGAACCGCUGCCAGUACUGCCGUCUGCUCAAGUGUCUGCAAAUGGGGAUGAACCGCAAAGCAAUCAGGGAGGAUGGCAUGCCAGGCGGGAGGAACAAAAGCAUCGGGCCUGUUCAGAUCACGGAGGAGGAGAUAGAGCGGAUCAUGUCAGGGCAGGAGUUCAAGGAGGAUGCCCCGGAGCACAACUGGGGCAACAACGGCGACAGCGACCACAGCUCUCCCAGCAACGGAGCUUCGGAGGGCAACCAGCCGUCACCUGCCUCCACUCUGUCUUCCAAUCGCUCCGUGGAAAUGAAUGGCUACACGGCAGCCCUCAGGGACCAAUACAUCAACACCUCCAUGUCCACACACUACCAGCUCCUGCCUCAUCUGUUCAGCUAUGCUGCCCAGUCAGGCCUGCUGGCCCCCCAGCCCCGCAGCAUCUACCCACAGUCCCACCCCCUGGUGCUGCAGCUGGUGGCAGCUGAAGACCUGGCUCCACUGGCCACACCUAUGCUCAUAGAAGACGGGUACAAAGUGACGCAGGUGGAGCUGUUUGCCCUGCUGUGUCGCCUGGCAGAUGAGCUGCUCUUCCGUCAGAUCUCCUGGAUCAAGAAGCUGCCAUUCUUCUGCGAGCUUUCCAUAGAGGACUACACCUGCCUGCUUAGCUCCACCUGGCAGGAGCUCAUCCUGCUCUCCUGCCUGACUAUCUACAGUGCCCAGAUCUUCGGAGACCUGGCUGACAUCACUGCCAAGUAUACACCGUCUGAUGACGAGCUGCAGGGCUUCAGUGAGGAUGGGAUGGAAGUCAUGGAGAGGUUGAUAUAUCUGUUUCGUAAAUUCCACCAAUUGAAGAUCAGUAAUGAAGAGUAUGCCUGUAUGAAGGCUAUCAACUUCCUCAACCAAGAUAUUAGAGGACUGUCCAACACCUCCCAGCUUGAGCAGCUGAACAAGCGCUACUGGUAUGUGUGUCAGGACUACACUGAGUACAAGUACCCGCACCAGCCCAAACGCUUCCCUGAAAUCAUGAUGUGUCUGCCGGAGAUCCGCUGCAUCGCAGGGAAGCUGGUGAAUGUCCCUCUGGAGCAGCUCCCGCUCUUGUUCAAAGCAGUCUUGCACUCCUGCAAAUCCAGUCUGACCAGCUACAGGACCGGCCCGUUGCCCUGCGUGACCACCUCCGCCGGAAACUAGACCCCCGACCCACAGAGUCGAGGGAUUGGUCUCCCCUCUUGUGAAUGUGACAAGCAGCUAGUUUGUUUUUUGUAACUUUUUUCUUUAUAUAUUUAUUACAUGACAGAGCUGAAUGUAUGCUGAUUUACACUGUGCACAUGCUUCUGUACAAAACAAAUGCUCGUAGAUGCAUUGGUCUUUGGAGUUUACAAGUGUGUAUCCAGUUUGCUCAAUGUGUCGGUGUUGCCAUUGUUAGAACUAGACUUUAAAAGAGUUUAUUUUAUUCAGACGGGGGCGGAUAGACACGUGAUGAGUGUUUUGAGACUACCUCAGGAAGAUGUUAUGAUGUUAUGUAUUUUCAGGUACCUUUUUUUGCUGUUGAAUAUAGAGAGGCCCGGUCUAAAACCAAAUUCCUGUGGAUGCUUUGGCACCUCAAUCAAAGACUGAAUGUUCAAAAGAGCUGCAUAAAUCAAAGAUUGAAAUCCAGUCUUUAGUUACACUGAAAAUGCAAAGUUAGUUAGAAAAACUGAGCUUUUUAUCUGCAUGGACUCUCAGACAUUCUGCUAAUGAGAGGUUGUCAAGUUAACAUUCCAUGAGUUAAGUGACAGUUGUUGAUUCUGUGGGAUCUUCAUUGAAAAAGGAGCUUACGGGUAUUUUUUACAAUCAUAGACUGGGGAUAUAAGGCUUUAAUGCAGGGGAAGGAGGAUAUGUAGGUUUGCUGUUUUAGUUUUUAUUGUUUUUCCUUUUUGACCAAAGUGUUAUGCAAUGCUUUUUUCAAGCACCCAUUGAUGGGUGGGGAGCUGAUAGCUUCACAAAGAAAAAAGGUUUCUUAUCAAUGAAGGAUCAGGAUAAGAAAUGAAUCAAUCUGUGUCAGAGGGGAGAACCCUUUGCUGGACAGAUGAGUAUGUUGCCGGAUUUCAUUCUAAAUGCUACUAAACAUGCUCACAUUCUUAUGCACACAUACUAUAUGCAUAGAGCAGACGUGAUUCCCAGUCUUUGCCUCUCCCUUUGCUUCUUAUGAGACGGCUCAUUAUUUGGGCUCUGUUUGCCUGUAGUGCCAGGAACUUGGUGCUUUUUCAACAUAUCUUAAUUUAAGGUCCACAAUACUGUUGUGUUGUGGGUUAAAGUGGUAGUCCAUGUAAUGCUGAGCUCUUCAAUUCAUUCAGAACACACCAAAAUCAUGAAUCAUAACUCUUGGUGUUCUAAAUGGUGAGAGAUGUUCACAGGUCAGUUGAUGUAUACUUGACCUAGCAGAACCAAACUAGAGCCAACAACAACUGGAUUAAAAUCAGAGAAGUCAAAUGAACCAGAUUCCAUGAGAAGUGAUUAACAGUGGGCAUUCAUUGCCUUUUAUUUGAAGCUGGUGCCUUUCCAGCUUCAAACCAUUUGGGAAGACCCCAAAUUAAAAACCAACUGGUCCAUUCAAAAGUUCUGUUGGCCAGGAACUUAAGACUGUUUUCAGGUCUUACCAGGUCCAAUCAAAAUUUUGCACAGACCUAAGACCAGUUGUAGUUUAAGUUAGACCUGACUCCAAUCUAAAGGGGACUAAUACGUGUGACCUGGUUCAGAUUAGGUCUUCAGGGUUCAAAGGUUGUUCCCAAAACCAACACAGUCAAUUUCUAGUUUAUCAACAGCAAAAAACGUGCGGAUUGUCACUUUAACCCAGACAAAAGUGUGUGAUCUGGGCCUUGUCUCAAUGAAUUUAGGCUAGGUUUAGAUAAUUUAGGUGACCUCUGGCUUGCAUAUACCCUCUGUGACAGAUAUGCACACUGUUAAAAAAAAGCCAUAGAAAAUGGUCUUUAUUUUUGAAGUAUGAGAUGAUCAUUUCAAACCACUUGAAGUGUCUUCUUGGUUUCUUCAAGUUUUAGCCAUUUCACAACAUAUGAACAAUUUUGAAAUGCAGACACGAUGCAGUUCUUGCAACGACUCUCUUUUUUGCACACGACGGUGAGGUGUGGAGACCUUGACCUUUCAUCUCGGCCACUGCCCACCCAGUGUGUUCCUCUCUCUCAGGUCCCUGCUGACCUGGAUUUAAACAGGGUAAAGUGAGUGUUAUGUAUUGCAUUCAGGAGUUCCUCAGUGACCAUGCUGAUGUACUUGUAGUAUUAGUAGACGUAGGUUCCAGGACAUUGUAGGUCCUCUGUAGAAAAAGUGUUUUUCUUUUCCACUUUUUUUCCCCCAAGGUCCCCACUCCCCCUCAUUCGGUGAAAGUGGAUGUAGUUUUAAGGUGAGACAUGCAGUGUGGAUUUUUCUCUUGGCAUUGAUGAUGGAUGGAGUGAGAGUCUUUGGCAUAAUCAGAAUGUCAUGGCUUUUCUUGCCAGUUUCUAUCUACUACUCUGUGUGCAGCCUUAACUCUAACACCAGUCAAAUGCAUUGAUCCUUUUCAAAUGUUUCAGUUAGCCUCUUUUCAUCUUUUGAUUUUUAUACAUUUUCAUGUACCUUUGUAGUUAUUGUGAAUGUUUUGGGUUUUAGUUGCUUUUCACUUUUUUUCCGAGUGAAGACAGCCUCUCAUUUUCAAAUCUUUUUUUGACAUGAUUAUUAAUUACUCUUUCCCUUGUCCACAGUGGUUUAUGAAAAAAAGUAUUACUCAGGCGAUGUCAGCUACAUUUUAUAUUGACAAUGCUGACAGUUUUUUAUGCAUUAUUUGAUCGUUUUACAAUGUGAUGUUUUGGACCCAUUGUUGGUUUCAAACUUGAAUUACACUCAUUGUCUACUACUAUUGUUCUCGGAGCAGCUGCGUCAGGUGCAUAGACUAAAUUAUCUGUGUCCUUACAGUAAAAUAUAAAUCAUUCAUCACACAGAUUUCUAUGGUUAAAGGGUCGUUUUACUUAAAUUAUAAUAAACAUACUAGAACAUUUUCUCACUCACACCUAGGAAUAUGUCACCCUGGAGGUGGUUUUGAUUUUAUCAGCUGCAGUUUUGAGAUAUCUCUCUUUCCCUCCUUUACAAUGGGAGCGGAUAGCGUUUAGUUCGUGGUGCUCACAUUAUGAGAAAAUUACAUUUAAAAAAAACAUGUCUAUCCACAAAAAACAGUUCUGUAGUCCUAACUGUGAUUUGGUUUUCAUUGGAACUACUUUCUAUCAAAUAAAUAGUCACUAUGAAACCAGCAUCAGUGUGAAUAGUGUGGACAGACUUUUAAAAAAUAUAUUUAUAAUGUACUUUUGUCAGUUCUGUAAGCCCCAUGUGGAUAUUUUAAAACCUGGGCAAAUACAACCAGAACUAUAUAGUGCCAGGUGAGAAAAUGUGUUUAUGCAAAUUUGAUGAACUAACCCUUUAAUUCACAUGUUCUCAGGGAUAGAUUUUUUUAUGUAACCGAAAUCUGAGUGAUGUGAUGCAUCAUGUUAAAGGAAAAAUCCCCCUAAAAUGCUUUACAAUGGAGUUUGAUGAGGGAAAUUCCAAACAUUUGGAGUACAAGUGUUAUCUGUCAGGUUUGGUGUAAGAAUGUGAAGACCAAGGACUGCCAUUUUUGCACUGAUGUUCAACAGUCCCACCGAUCUGUACAGAAACAGUCAGGGAAAUGUAGAGCCCGGCUAACUGUGUAGCAGAAGUACCCAAGACAAUUUUCAGGGUGGCCAAGAACAAAGUCCCCUCAUGUCAGAGUAACUCCAGGAAUGUAGUGAACAUCACAGACUGCUGAGAUCUGACGGUGGAAGAGGAUCUGAAGUGGGAUUUUUCCUUUAAUGUAGCAGCAAAUGCUAAUCAAAGUUUAAAUAAAUAUAUCCACAGUUACCUUACUGCCACUGCUCUGACUUCCUAACUAGCAUAUUUUGAUACACAUAUGCUGAUGAAAGUGUUCUUUUUAUUUGUAUUUGUAUUUUUUUUUUUGCAGACAAGGGAUGUCAUUUGCAAUUUCUGUACUGAAACUACCUCUUUAUUUGUCAUCAUGUUACUUUCAAAUAAGUGAUUUUUUUGUCUUAUUUAUUGGUUUCAUUGCACCAAUGUUCAGUUAUUAUGUGUCUCUUAUUUCACUCAGUGACCUCUCAGCUUUAGAACACGUGCUGAUGCCUGUUUUCUUUCUCACUUUUCUAAUGCGUAAACACAUUGCCUCAUUUUCCUUUCUAUCUCAGACUCAUCUGCUGUCAGUAGCUUUUUUUUUUCUCUCUGAUCUUUGACUUUUUUCAUGUUAAAUUAGCGUCAUCUUUUGUUUCACUCCUGCCCUGUUAUCCAUACCAAAGAUGAAAGAAUGUCAAUGACAAUGUCAGCGUACUGAUUAGGCAUUCACGUGAUGCAUUCUUACUGCAGUUAACUAGUGCUUUAUUUUCCCGUGCUGACCUUUUUGGCGUCUUGUUAUCCUGUGAAUGGCUGUAUGUUGUUUACACUAUUCACCACAUCGUGAUAUUACAGUGUGUCUGGUUUUUUUCUGUAGUCCUAUGAUUGUUGUUCAUUGACAAGUCCUUUCAAGGUAACAAGGAGUGAUAACAAUGGGACUGCUAUCAUAUGUUUGUCAAUGCUGCUCGUGAUCAAUUAUCAAUCGGAGAAAGUAAUUGUGGUCAAACUGACAUCUCCUCCUGUUUACAUGCCUUCACUUGCUCAUGUCACCCUGAUGCAGUGGCACGCGACCACAGGCAGUGCAGUGCAGUGCAGUGUUAUCACCAGGGUUGGACUUGUAUCACUUUCGAAUAGAAGCUGCCAGCCUUAUUUGCUGAUAUGAACGUCAUGACAAACCUAUGAUAUGGGAACUCUUUUGAACAGUUCUGCCUUCAGAGUUACAUAUUGGCAUUUUUUUUGCAUCAUUCCUGUAACUUUUAGAACUGGAACCGAGAUCAUAUCCAAGCAAUGUGAAAACCAUGUUAAAUGUCCAUUAUAUCCUGAGGAAAUAGUUUGCAAUUGACCUGUCACACUGUUGGCUUAUUUCAAAAUAAUACAUUUUUUCAGUCUAGUCGUCCAACAGUUCACAUUGCUUGUGUUGGGCUCCAGUUGCAAUUGUCUAAAGGUGCUGCCACUUGAUAUUCAAUGUCAUAUUAGCUGUAGGAAUAUCCAUUUAAAAACUAUAGACAAGAAAGGUUAAGCCAGAUUUUGCACAGUUUUUUGCAGCUGUGGUCAGGAAAGAACAACUUUGAAAAGUCAGUACAGGCAAACAACACAAAUGUGUUGAGCCUCAGUGCUGUAGCACUGUGGGAACUUUGUUUUUCAGGAGCACAUGAUGAUAAUGAGAAGAGUUGAAGUGAAAGAGAAUAAAAAUCUUGACAUAUCUCAGGGAAGAAAUAGAUUUACACACUGUCAUCACCUGUGAUCAGACAAUUGAAACGCCUUUAUGUUUUUCUCUCCAGAAAUCUCUUGUCUGCUCUUGUUACUUUAACUACCUGUGAAGAAUGUGAUCAUUACGUGUUAAAAGCAUGUUUAGAAUGUGUUAGGACUUGAAACCAAAUAAAUGUGAACGUUAUGCAAGUGUA